AUGAAGUUCGCGUAUGCUGUCCAAGUGUUUGCGUGUUAUAUCUCCUUCAUCCACUGGGUCGCUUGUCUCUGGGCCGGACCAAUGUUGGGCUUAACCGACGUGGAAGACGAGCAGCUCGCCUACAACGAGGCACUGUACUCCGCUGUGCUUCUGAUGCUAAAUAUCUCCGCAGCAACAGUCGAACCCAAGUGGCAGUUCGUGAGUGCUCUCCUGGGCGUUGUGGGCUUCUUGUUCCAAUGUCUCACACUUGCGAGCAUUACAGCGGGAGUGAUCGGCUCUAGUUCUCGAGCUCUGCAAUACCAGGAAAAAGUUCGGAUGGUUAUGAGCGACCUGAAGGCGCUUCACGUGCCUAGCGAGUUACGAAAAAGCGCGAGAAAUUACUACGAGACUCUUUGGCGCAUGAAGAACACGUCCGAUCGAUACGAGAAGGCCAUCUACGAGGACGAAGACCUCUCGCCAGCUUUACGCGCUGAAAUCGCGCUGUACAUCCAUCGGAACCUCAUCGCCACUGUUCCGCUCUUCCAAGACUGCUCCGAUUCGUGUCUGGCAGAGUGCGUCAUGCGGCUGAAGACGGCGCUAUACAUGCGCGGCGACGUCGUUUUCCACAAAGGCGACCCGGCCAACUCGAUGGUUAUCAUCAGUCGCGGGAAAGUCAAAGUCAUCUCACCCGAUAACGAAGGUCUUCUCGUCGUACUUAAGCAAGGGAGUUUCUUCGGCGAGAUCGGUCUCUUGCGGCAUACGACGCGCUCUUGUACAGUGAUCGCAGGCACUUUUUGCGAGUUGAAAUCGCUGGAGAGGAACGACGCCGAGGAAAUCUUCGAGGCGUAUCCACAUAUUCACGACCGGCUAUUUGCCGAAGCUGAAAAGCGCCGACUGGAUACCCGCUUGAAAGCACGGCUUUAUAAUGUCAAAAUCCUGGACAAUGCACACGCUGUAGACGUCAGUAGUAUCCCGUCGCGCUACAAUUCUUUCCAAACGGAAGACGGCAUCGCGGUCAACAGUGAGCUGGACAGCAUGAAUGUCAACUUGGAAGAGAUCCAGCGAUUGGUCGAAAUGCUCCGAGACACACAAGGACGCUUAUCUCGCGUGCAGGAACGGCGGCAGUCCCUGCAUCUGGCCUUGGACACUCCCACGCCCGUCAACAGUAUCCACUCCUUGUUAUUCACCCACUCGCCGUCGUUUCCACCUCAUGAAUCCAGAACUGCCACUCACAAUCGAGACUCGCUCCAUAGCGUCGAAGAACUUUUACGAGACGAUUAA